AUGCAAUCAGAGCCAGAGACUCCCCUACAUGCUCAACCUGACGAACAUUUGAAUUUAAAUGACCUAAAGGAGCUAGAUCAACAGGAUAUCGCAGACUUGGAUUUGAAUCCAGGUUUAGAAGACAGUAUUCCAGCUACACCUAUCCCUAGUGGCAUUAAUAUCGCAAGCAAACGUUCUUUGGAUGACACAACUAAUGAAAUCCAAUUCGAUAAUUUUGAAGAUUUUGCUCCACAAGUAAAUAUAAGGUCUCCAUUUUCAUCAAAUACAAAUCUAUCGUCAUUAGCUCACACACUUCCUGAUUUGGAUAGAAGUACAAGAUUAAGACAAUUAUCGAUGUCUCAACAGUCAAAAUUUAUUUCAUAUGUGGAUCAACAAUUAUUGGCGAUACAAAGGAAAUUUGUGCAAUCUAGAGGGUUGAAUGACAAGCUAGGGUAUGUAACACUUUCUGAGUUACUUAAAGAUGUUAAAGCAUUACUAGACUUUAUUUGGUACUCAAUUGACGGUCUAGUUAGUACCGAACACUUACUUCAAUUUUCAAAGGAAGAACUAAACAGUAAAAUUAGCUCCUGGGAACAAGAAGUACUGCAGAAGGACCAGCAAACUGUAAAAUCUUCUGAUUUUGGCCAAACAUAUUACAUCAUGAGAAUUGCUGAUGACUUGAUGGAUUACGUGGAAAAAUUUGAAAUUGCUCCCAGUGACAGGGAAACAAUCUCGAAACUAUUCAAAUUAUUUUUCAUACUAGACAGGAUCUUUAAGCUACUAAUUGUGGGACUUAAUGCAAACAACAUAAAAUUAAAUCAAACUGAUGUGAUUAGAUUUAUUGGUAUCGCUGAACGAUCUAGAAUGAAACUUCCUUUGUUUUUUGAACAUUGCAACAUUCAUGGGUACCAUUUUGAACUAAGUAAAAUCUAUGAAGAAAGUUUAGACCUGUGCCCUUGUUAA